UGCCGGGCGCGGCGCAGAGCGGGGGAUGCUGCGGGCGGGGGCCGCCGCCGCUCAGCCCCGGUGCCGGUCCCGGGCCGGAGGGCGCCCGUUGAGCCCGGCCCGGCCAUGGGGGCUUUGACCAGCCGACAAAACGCAGGGGUGGAGGAGGUGGAUAUCCCCGCUAAUUCCGUCUAUAGGUAUCCCCCGAAAUCCGGGAGCUACUUUGCCAACCACUUCAUCAUGGGAGGCGAGAAGUUCGACUCAACGCACCCUGAGGGUUACCUCUUCGGCGAGAACAGCGACCUCAACUUCUUGGGGAACCGACCCGUGGUGUUCCCUUACGCUGCUCCACCUCCUCAGGAACCCGUGAAGACCCUCCGGAGCCUGAUCAACAUCCGCAAGGACACGCUGCGCCUCGUCAAGUGUUCAGAGGAGGUGAAGACCCCAGGGGAAGAGGUCAGCAAAGCCAAGGUGCACUACAACGUGGAGUUCACCUUCGACACGGACGCCCGCGUGGCCAUAACCAUCUACUACCAGGCCAGCGAGGAGUUCCACAACGGGGUGGCGAGCUACGUCCCCAGGGACACCAGCCUGCAGUCGGAGACGGUGCACUACAAGCGGGGUGUGUGCCAGCAGUUCUGCGUGCCCUCCCACACUGUUGACCCCUCGGAAUGGACCGAGGAGGAGCUGGGCUUUGACCUGGACCGGGAAGUGUUUCCCAUGGUGGUGCAUGCAGUAGUGGAUGAAGGCGAUGAGCACGCCGGGCACAGCCACGUGCUGCUGGCAACCUUUGAGAAGCAUACUGAUGGCACUUUCUGCGUGAAGCCCCUCAAGCAGAAGCAAGUGGUGGAUGGGGUGAGCUACCUCCUGCAGGAGAUCUAUGGCAUCGAGAACAAGUACAACACACAGGACUCCAAGGUCGCUGAGGAUGAGGUGAGCGAUAACAGCGCUGAGUGCGUCGUCUGCCUCUCGGAUGUCCGUGACACCCUCAUCCUGCCCUGCCGCCACCUCUGCCUCUGCAACACCUGCGCUGACACCCUGCGCUACCAGGCCAACAACUGCCCCAUCUGCAGGCUGCCUUUCCGAGCCUUGCUUCAAAUCCGAGCCAUGAGGAAAAAGCUGGGGCCCCUCUCGCCCACCAGCUUCAACCCCAUCAUCUCCUCACAGACCUCUGACUCUGAAGAGCACUCGGUCAGCGCUCAGGAGAGCUUCGGGUGCCCCACCGGGUCCUCAGAGAACAUCCCCCCAGGCUACGAGGUGGUGUCGCUGCUCGAGGCCCUCAAUGGGCCCCUGACUCCCUCACCGGGUGCAGGGCCGAUGCGGAUGCUUGGCGAUGGCCCCCCCGGUGCAGGACCGCUGCCCUCCUACAGCAGCACCGGCCGCCUGCCCCCCCUGCGGGCCCUCUCACCCCUCGAGCGGCUCUCAGAAUGUGCCCCACCGGGGCUCAAGCUGAAGAAAAGCCUCUCCAAGUCGGUAUCCCAGAACUCCUCCAUCCUGCCCGAAGAGGAGGACGAGAAGUCGUGUACUGAGUCAGAGCUGAGGGUCUGCAGGAGGAAAUCCCCUGCCCGGCUGGAGGAGGAGUGUGGCAUGACACCAGAGAGUGAGAACCUCACGCUGUCCUCAUCGGGAGCCAUUGACCAGUCCUCGUGCACCGGGACCCCGCUGUCCUCCACCAUCUCGUCUCCAGAAGAAGCUGCCAGCAGCAGCCUGGCCCAGUCUGUCAUGUCCAUGGCCUCCUCCCAGAGCCAACACUCACAGAUCAGCACCGACACUGUCUCCUCCAUGUCCGGCUCCUACGUGGCCCCUGGCACAGAGGAAGAAGGGGACAUGCUCCCCUCGCCUGCAGCCGCCAGUGCCACCGCCUCUGAUGGAGAGUCGACACCUGUGGAGUCCCCAGAUUUAAACUUUGUCAGCAUCUCAGAGGAGCACGAUGCUGAGGGCAAUGACGUGCUGGAGGAUGAGGAUGUGUCACCCACACAGGAAGAUGGCCCGAGGACAGGCGCUUUCCUCGGUCUGAGGUGUGACAAUAACAAUGACUUGAGCAUCGCACACGUGAAAGCGCUGGACAAUAAACUGUGCUCUGAGGCCUGCUUACCUGCUGCAGUGCCGGACUCCUGCCCCAUUGACAUUGAGGAAUAGGCCCAGAGGCAGCCAACACCAAUGUGUGGCUCUCGUGCCCUCCCCUCUGGCAUCAGCCACCCGGAGCAGGCAGCAGCCAUGGGAGCCCUGCCCAUGGGUGGGCUCAGCCUGGGGGACUCGCAGCCCCCUGCCAUACACGGAGGGUCCCAGGCACUGCCACCUCCACCUUCAGCCAUUGGAAUGUGAUGGUAACCUCGAAUUUUCCUCCCUGUCUCCCACUGCAGGAUGGCUGGCUGCUGUGUCACCUCAGAGCCCUCCAUCGGCACCUUCCCUUCCCCUUUACACACCAAGGUUGGGCUGGGAUCCUCCUCCUGCCCCAUGUGGGGUCUUGGGGCAUAGCCAGAUGGCAGGAAAGUGUCCACGGUUGUGUGUUAAGGACAAGUGUCAGCAUUAGCAGCCAAGGUUCACUCUGGUGACUGUGGUGGGAGGCUGGACCCCCCCGGGAUGCUGACACAUCCCUGUGCCGUGCCAUGGGAUGUCCCAAUGGUGGCGAUGGAGCUCCCCCCCCCCAUCCCCAUCCCCUCUCUCCUCAUGGGCAGCGUCUGGGUUCCCGCAGGGUGGCUUGUGCCCAGGGAUGGGGACAACACCUUGGGACAUCACCAGUUUAUCUUCACUGUCUUCCACCACACCACGAGCUCAGAGCUCGGGGCUGUGUCCUCUCUCUGGAACAAGUGCCAAAAUCGUCACCCAGUCGCCCUGCACUGCUCUUAACAUCACAUAAUGGAAUAGCAGGGAUGGGCAGAGGGGAGGGGAGCUGCCCCCAGCCCUCCAUCGCCAUCCCUGCAGCCAGCGUUGGGCUGCACACGUGGGUUCUGCUCAAUGGGCAAGGAGGGCCCAGAGGGGUGUAGGGCUUCAACCACACACCUUUGGGGACUUCAGCAUCCCAACGCAGCCAGCUCAGAGCUGUGUGUGACUAUGGGGAGGCAGCCGUUGCUCCGGAGGGUCCUGGCAGGUGAGCAGUGGGGUUUUCUGGCUGCAGCCCCGUGGUGUGGGUGAGGGCAGCCCUCCUUCCCCCACUCCUCCACCCAUCAGGGAUUUAAGAAAGAAAACAACCAGAUUGCUGCUUCCGACUCUGCUUCCAGCAUGUUAUGGAUUUGAAGAGUACGUUUAAUAAAGGGUAUCUUACGUCCA